GCGGCAAGGGGGAGGGAGAGCGGGAACUGUCAGUGGCCAAGCACGGACGCGCAAAUUCGGUCGACAAGCACCACCGCCAUCUCCUCGGGAGCGAGCGAAUGAGGCGGCCCACGGACACACGCCGGCCGGCCGCCCUCGUCGUCGCCGCCAUGAAGGCAGCAGCGGUCGCUCGGCGUGGUUGUCACGGCGGCGGACUACAUCAAUGAGACCCCGCGGAGUUCGUGUGGCGCAGAAGAAGACGACAAAAUGAAGAAGCAGUUCAACCGAAUGAGACAGCUCGCCAACCAAACAGUGGGCAGGGCUGAGAAGACUGAAGUGUUAAGCGAAGACCUCCUGCAGGCGGAGAAGCGCUUGGAGCUGGUCAAGCAAGUGUCACACAGCACCCACAAGAAGUUGGCCGCAUGUCUGCAGGGUCAGCAGAACGUGGAAGUGGACAAGAAGUCGGUCAGGUCGCCGUCGAAGAAACUUCCUCUCGCAUCGCUCGCACAAUGCAUGUUGGAGGGGGCGGCGUUGCUCGGGGACGAGUCUAUGCUAGGGAAGAUGCUGAAGCUGUGCGGCGAGACGCAGGAAAAACUGUCCCAGGAGCUCAUCCUGUUCGAAGUCACCAUCGAGAGAGACGUCAUGGACCCACUAUACGAUCUCUCCGAGGUGGAAAUCCCAAACAUCCAGAAACAAAGGAAACAUUUAGCCAAACUGGUCUUGGACAUGGACUCUGCACGAACGCGAUACUAUCAGUCCAGCAAGUCGUCCGGCCUGUCCGGCAACCUGCAGCCGAGCGGCGCCAAGGCCGACCACCUGAGGGAGGAGAUGGAGGAGGCCGCCAAUCGCAUGGAGAUCUGUCGGGACCAGCUGUCUGCAGACAUGUACAGCUCCAUGGCCAAAGAGCUCGACUACGCAAACUACUUCCAGACGCUGAUUGAAGUCCAGGCCGAGUACCACAGGAAGUCACUGGAGCUGCUGCAGAACAUUCUGCCUCAGAUUAAAGCGCAUCAGGAGUCGUGGGCGGAGAAACCUUGCUACGGGAAGCCGCUGGAAGAGCACUUAGAGCUCAGUGGGAGAGAUAUUGCUUUCCCUAUCGAGGCCUGUGUCACCAUGCUGCUCGAGUGCGGCAUGCAAGAGGAGGGUUUGUUCCGAGUGGCUCCGUCCGCCUCCAAGCUGAAGAAGCUCAAAGCGUCUUUGGACUGCGGCGUGCUGGACGUGCAGGAGUAUUCGGCCGACCCGCAUGCCAUCGCAGGAGCUUUGAAAUCUUAUCUCCGUGAGCUCCCCGAGCCCCUGAUGACAUUUGAGCUUUACAACGACUGGAUUCAGGCCUCAAACAUUCCGGACCAGGACAAGAGACUGCAAGCUCUCCGCUGCGCUUGUGACAAACUACCACCCGCCAGCAACAACAACUUCAGAUAUCUCAUUAAGUUCCUGUCCAAACUGACGGAAUACCAGGACGUGAAUAAGAUGACUCCUGGGAACAUCGCCAUCGUGCUGGGGCCCAACCUGCUGUGGACGCACAGCGACGGCAACAUCACGGAGAUGAUGACCACGGUGUCCCUGCAGAUCGUCGGCAUCAUCGAGCCUAUCAUCCAGCACGCCGACUGGUUCUUCCCCGGAGAAAUCGAGUUCAACGUGACGGGCAACUACGGCAGUCCGGUGCACACCAACCACAACGCCAACUACAGCUCCAUGCCGUCUCCCGACAUGGAGCAGAUGGAACGGCGACAGAGCGAGCAGAGUCGCAGGCCCCUCAGCGUCGCCACGGACAACAUGAUGCUGGAGUUCUACAAGAAAGACGGCAUCAGGAAGAUUCAGAGCAUGGGAGUCAGGGUGAUGGACACUUCUUGGGUGUCCCGCAGGGGUUCGUCAUCCUCGCGUAAAACCUCGUCCACACCCCCAAGUGUGCGGGCACCCACCCCGCCCUCGGACGCACUUGCCCCUGAGCCGCCCGGGGACCCCUCAGGGUCCCCUUCCCCCACCCCUCCUCCCACUAGCAGCGAGCGAGCCAGCUCGGAUGACGCCUCGGACUCCUGUAACGCCCACCCCUCCCCCGAGGAGGAGAGGCCGCCCCCCCCUUACCCCUCUUCCACACCCUUCUCGCUCCCCCCUCAACACUUCUACGCCCGAGCACCCCCUGGUAUGCGCCCGCUCUCCCGCAGUCCCGAAUGCGUGCCCACGGGCCCGUCGCCCGUCCCCCGCCGCUCGGGCUACAGCCCGCCCCCGUUCCUCCACUCCCUGUGCCCAUCCCCGCAGCCCCUUGACAUCAACUCCAACCCCCGAGCCCAAAGCUCCCCGCCCUUGCACAAGCAGGCCUCCCUAUCCGAGCCCCUGCAUGCGCCCCUAGCUGACACCAACGGCUCGCACCUCUACAUCAAACCCCCGCUCGUUCUUAUGCGUCACAAUCUAUUCCUGGGCUCCCCCAAAUCCCCCGGCACCCCCUUAUCCGUCCCCCCUCCUUGGGCCACCUGUAGCCGAGAGCGAGGACGCAAAGCCACUAGCACCCUGAAGAACAAAGAACUGUCUCCGGUGAUCGGACAGAAGGGAUUCCAAGCCACGCUGUCUUCUGGUAGCCAGUCUGAGCACAGCCCGCACACGGUGAGAAGAGCAAAGAAGCUUGCUCCGAUCCCGCCUAAAGUCCCCUACAGCCAGACGGGGGCCGUGUCGGAGCAGUCGACGGGCCAGCCGUCUCCCGUCAGCCUGUCGCCCACGCCCCCCAGCACCCCUUCGCCGUACGGCUUCGGCUACCCGCAGGGCUACGCCACCAUCGGCUCACUGGGACACGUCCAGAUGUCCAGCGCGCCGUCUCUGUCCUCGCCGCCCUCGCUGGCUGGAACGCUCACCAAGCCCCGGCCCACACCCAAGCCGCCCCGGCAGAGGCCCAGCUUGCCUCCCCCGCAGCCGCCCUCCACCCCCGGCAGCAGCCCGCAGCCACUGGAGCACUCGUCCGGCCUGCUGGAUGGUUUGUCUCCCGGAGAGAGCAUGUCCACAGAUUAUUUCUGCAACCUGGACAUUCCCGUCAUCAACAUGGAGCUGGACGGCCUUCUGGACUUGGCGCAGAUCUCCCACCUCAGGCACUCAGUGGCGCUGCUGGACUCGAGCCGCCUCAGAACCACCGAGUCAGAGGAGGGGGAGGAUUCGGAGAGCACAGUGUUAUGACGCCCCAGCCUUUCGCUCCUUUCCUCUCCUGAUUUAUUCAUGCGUUUUGGAUUGUUCCAUUUUUAGUUUGUGUUUGCCUUAUUUGAUGCCUUGAACGCCAUACAAGGAACACGUGAGUGGGGGCAGGACUCAAUUCUUCCACAAGGAAUCUCGACAACCAUUCUGCUCUCGCCAUGGACAUCUGCCUGUGUGUGCACCGUGUGCAUGUGUGUGUGUGUGUGUGAGUGAGUGUACCAUCAACAGACAUGCACGCUGUACAUACUUAGCCAAUUAACUAACAACAACAAACAAAAAAAACAUCUUGAUGGUUAACAUUCAAUUACUGAAAUCUAUUUAUUGUCUAUAGUGUACAUUUGCAGAAUUUAUGAUUCCUAAUCAAACAUCAGAUCCUAUUUUCUCUUGACACAAGAACACAGAUUAUACAGUAAAUGAAAUAGUGCAGGGGUGGAUUUCAUUUUAUGAUUUAAAAAUCAAUUAACCUAUUUCACUGUCCACGUCGCUUUAAAAAAAAUCUGAAUCAAUUGACCAACAUAGAGGGGGGGAAACAGCUAAAUUAAUGCAACAAAUGUAACAGGGCUCCCGAAUCUUCCCCUUGGGGAAUCAAUAUGUAUAUAUUUUUUAAAUAAUUUGAAAAUCUUUUGACUCAUAACAAUGUAAAUGCUCAGCGGGCCAGAUUAAAGAGCGAAGAGGACCAUUUGUGGCCUGUAGGUCUUUCUUUGCCCACCCCUGUUUUAUGGCUUGUUUCAUAGUUGUGACUGAUGACAGUGAAGGUCAUUCUCUUGAACAGUGGCUCUCAAAUGUUUUGACACCAAGUACCACUACAGAAAAAAAAGUUCCAUCGAGUUACCUAACAAUAGGUUUAAAAAUGGUUGAAUUCAAAUGUAUUUGUGGUAGAUAAAUGUAGCCAUUUGGCAGAGUUUAAACGUCCUAUUCAGUGAUUUUUUUUUUUUUAUCGUACCCCUAAAGGGAGCAUGCACACCACACUUUGAGAGCCACUGGCUUAAGUCAUUUAGGUGAAUGAGAACGAAUAUUGAAAACAGUCUCUUAGCACCAAGAAGCGGGCUGUGACUUUUUUUCUUCUUUUGCCUGUUGAUGGAUGCACAUUUUUUUCCCCCACGUGGAGGAUGACUGUGUGUGAGCGCGUGCGUGCAUGUGUGUGUGGGCACAGAUGUGCAAAGCAUCCUGUUUAUUUUGGGCAGAGUAUUUAUGAUACAGAUCUAUUUCUUGCAAAGGCUUUUUACUUGACAUCCAGGUGGGCGAAGAGUAGCUUCCACGUGGGACCAGACACAUCUCGCUUGUCACAUGCAAAAAACAAAUACAAAGACUAGCCGUGUAAAUACAUAUGUGUACAUACAUGCUUUCUGUAUAUAGUGACUUAAAUCUAAAUAUAUAUACAGUAUAUAUAUAUAUGUAGAUGUAUAGGAAUACUGGUUUGGCUGAAAUGAACACAUGAAGAGGACGCUUAAGUUAUGUCUCCAUUUUUAAUAUUAGAGUACUUAUUGUGUUUUGUUUUAUACAAUUAACCAUUUAAACAACUUUCCAUAUUUAUUUGAUAAAGGAAAUGGACAAAUGCGUGUUGACUUGGACAUGUUAUUUGUGGGACCGGACUUGUCCCAAAAAAGAAAAAGAGACGAAAGAGCCCCAUUCACAAUAUGAAGUGACAGCUUAUUAGCACUGUUUACAAUUUCAAUAUUAGAAAAGCCGAAGGUAGAACAAUUCAACGAGUCAUCUGUUAUGUUAUUUUGCUUGUGCUUUUGUAAGUGUCCUGAUUUCUUGUCAUCACAUUGGUGACACUAUUUUUUCUACACGAUUAAUUGGAAUGUAAACCUGGCAGGUUGUGUGUGUUUUGUGACAAAGGAGGCGGUAAUAGAAGUGUGUGUGUAUCCUGAGUGAAAGUGUGCCAGCAUGCUUUUUAACCACCUCUAAAUGUCUCAUCUCUGCCUUCUGUGGAUACAAAUGAAGAGAAGCAAGUGAUGCUUCUUAUUCUAAAAAAUGUUUUUUAAGGUUAAAUCUGCCCGAGAAUUGUCUUUUUGAAAAAAUGCGGAUUGUCCAGGCUAAAAAAACUAAAUGAAUCAUUGUGUAUCUCGUGUUUACUUUGCAUCAGAGGAGGCCCCAACAAGUUGGAAGUAAUUGUGACAAUGUGUCUUGAUGAUGCUAUUAAAGUUUGGACUCAAAAACAAAUGUGAA